AUAAAUACCCUCUCUCUCUCUCUCUCUCUCUCUCUCUCUCUUUCUCUCUCUCUGUCCUUUUUCCUCUGUUUUCUUUUCUUCCCUUUUCCAUAUCUUUUCAAAUCUAAGUUUCAUCGCCCGUUCCAAUCGAUCGGAUGCAGUUACGGUUUAGUUUCUGUGGAGGUGGAGCUGACAUUCUGUUCUUCGGUGUCUGAGGCUUUGUUUGUUUUUUGAUAUUCUGGUGAUUUUUUUUUUUCACGAUUUUGAUGGAAGAGGGGUAGGUUUUGGAGAAAAAAUGGAUAGCAGCUGGCAUGCCAAAUGUGGUUCGUCAUUGCAGUCGCCGACACCGUCCAUGGCUUCCUCUGCUCCGCCGGAGCAUCGGAAUCAGAUGGAGAUGAAUUCAGGACAGUACUUUUAUUCAAAUGGCACACAAGAUAUAAGAUCAACAUUGCAUGAAAGGACACAUGACUCCAUAUCUUCCAACGUUUCGCAUUUAAGUUUCCAGAAGACAAACCAUUCUGAGCUGGGAAAUUCAUAUCUGACUCUCCUAUCUGGGCCUCCAUCGCAAUUGCAUUAUGAUUUCCAGGAAUUGUCAAAUGCCAAAGCACAGAGCAUCUCUAGAAGUGCCAAUGUUAAUGCUUUGGAAAGUCGAGUUUCGCAGACAUCUAGUGGUUUGCUAUCUGGAAACUGGAUUAAUCAUAACGGGCAAGAUGGAGUGCAUCUUUCUCCUGCUGCUCCGUCCAGAUCAGUAUUCAAUUCCAUUUCUGGCAGCGGUUUGAUUUUGCCUGAUAGCCUGCAGACUACACAGUUAAAUCUUCAAACAUCCGACCUGGCCAAGGCAGUCAUUCAUCACUUGGUUCCUGGCGAUAAGAAGGUAAAGGAUUUAUCUUCAAACAAAGGAGAAUGGUGUGGUACAACUUCUGCAAAUGCUAGGAAUCUUCACGGUAAAACUGUUCUCAAGCCAUCAAAGAUUCCACCAGAGGCAAAAUCUUCAUUAUCCAAUCAGUCAGCUGCUGUUUUAAGCGGGUGCCCUCGUGUCUUCUGCUUGGGGACAAGUGGUUAUCUACUCCUCAGUAAUACAGGGCUAAUUGGUAUUGUUUGCGCUUGCCACUUUUUGCACAUGUCUGUCUCAAAGUUUUGUGAGCAUUCUGGAUUAUGUGAUAUGAACCCAGGGGAUGCUGUUCGAGUAGAAAGUGGAGAGACCAUUGCACAUUGGCGGAAACGAUACUUUGAGAAGUUUGGGAUUAGGGUUCCAGAAGAUCCAAGUGGAUGGGACUGGCCUGAAGGAUUAUCCGUGACUGCUGGUUUGGUGAAAACUAGUGCUGCUAUGCACCAAAUAUCUGGCAAUUCUGACUUGGAUAAUCUGGUCACUUCACCUCAAGGACUGGCAAUGUGUGGAGAAAAUAUCAGCUGUUUGAAAACCCCUCACAUGGACCAGAAUUUGUCUAUUGAUCCUUUGCAUAACAAACAACAGCGAAAUGUUGAGGAUAGUAAUAACAUUCUUCCAAGGGGCUUGAUUGGCACCUUGCAAAGCAAUAUGCGUGCUGUGGCAGAUAACCAUAUGGUGGAAUCUACUGUAUCUAAGUCUUCAUCAGCAUCAAAAUUUGUAGGUAGAGGUCCAGAUAAUGGUUCUCAUUCCAUAUAUGCUUGGAUUGAUACUAUUUUGAAGACUGGAAACCCAUGCCUCACCCAUGCCAGUUUGCAGAACUUAACAGCCCUUGGUCAAGGUUGUGUGGUUAACACAGCUAAAAUUGCACAAGAUGGUGUAAUUGCUGACAACAAGUCUGCUUCUUCAAACAUAGAGUUAAGGCUUGGACAACCAUAUCAACAGAGUCAGUCUCUAAGAAAUUAUACUCUUCCAUUAUCUGAACCAAAACCUUUAGAGAUACUUGCUGAUCCUCCCAAAUCAUGUUGUCCAGAGCAGAAAAUUCACUGUGCUAACAAUUGCGGUGAGAGGGAGGAAUCUAGGCAGUAUUUUCACCGUGCUUCAGGCCCAUCUAUUCCUGCUGCAAGAGAGGAACAAAGCCAAUCAAACUUUGGGAACCCUGCCUUUGACGUUAGUAAUACAAGGGAUGCUACUAAAUUAAGAAAUUUUGAAGUUGAUAUUGCAAAGGGUUUAGUGGUUCCACCUUUUACUCAUCUGCCUCCAGAGAAAGGUGUGUGCUCCAAAAGUACUACCUGUAUUGUCGAUAUCAGUGAGUCUGUCAUGCCAAAGACACUAUAUUGUGAAUCUAGUGGCCCCAAGGCUGGCCCAAUAAAUGUUCUCUGGAGUGGUGGUAGUACUUCACAAAGGCAGUUAAAUGUUCCCGAGUUGGGUUUCUUAAGAUUAAUAGACAAGAGUAAAGGCACAGGAUAUGUUUCUGAUGGCUCUUGUGUUGCAACAGAGCCAGCAGUUAAAAUCCAGAAGCAGAUAGAUAAUCCUAGUGUUUUCACAGGAGCUGUUGGAGGAAGCAGCAGUCACAGCUUUCCAGCAGUACACGUCAAGAACCAUUUUCCAUAUCAGUCAUCUAAUGUGGUGACGGAUAUACAUGGUGCUAGAAACCUCUUCAACCAUCCUGUGAACUCUCCUUUUUUUGGAAGUAAGGGGCACACUGGUCACGCUUUCAUUAGAUCCAUGGGUUCAUCUGUGGGUUCUAGUCAAAUUUCACAGUCCUCUGCUGCCUCAACAGAUUUUCCAUUUUCUACUUUGACCCCUAUGCCAAAUUUAGCUUCUACCAUCUCAAAACAGGGAGGUUUCAAUCUAGGCCCUAAUUUGCUUGAUGAAAGCAUGAAACUGCUUGCAAUGAAGCAAAUAUUGGAGUUGUCCAAGUCCAAGCAGCAUGCAAUUUCAUCCAUUGGAAUAAACCACGAGCCAGGGAGAUAUUGUUGCUCUUCUACUCCGAAUUUACAGCAUAGUAUUCUUGACCUAUCAACAUCUGGGGAGCAAAGGCAUGGACCUGGACCUAUUAGUCCCAGCAAGCUAGAUGUUUCUAAAAGUUCUUUGAUGUCGUAUCCAUCUGAAAAAGCAGCCCAAGUCACAGGGUUGAACAACUGGUGCAAUUUAUCAACCAUGACUCAAGGGUUUCCAUUAUGCUCUAGAGAAAUUGAUGUACCAUGUCAUUUCUCAAAUGAGCCAUUUUCCAGUGUGCAGCCCACAUUGAGCCUUGGCAGAAGCGAAAGUUUAUGUCAAUCAGGUGACCAUCUAAAAUGCUGUCAGAGAGCACCUUCCACAUAUUUUCUGCAUAACUGCAGCUGUGCAGCUCAGGCAAAUUGCUUGGAAUAUUCUGAAUCAAGAGUUGGACAUUCUCCUGUUACAUCCAAGGAGGAACUAAGGGGUUUCUGUCAUGAAGCAACUGUCCUAGUUUCUGCUUCUGAAUUUGUUAGAGAUCAUACUGUUUCAAAGGAAAGAACUAUGUCCAUGGAUAAAAGAGGAGAACUGAUUAGCAAACACCCUAGGAGUCAAUGCUGUCACAUCUCCCAAUGGAGAGAUGUCCCAAGUAAGAAAAAAGAGGAUUGUGACGCAACAUGCAUGGGCUGGUCAGAAAAAGGGGCUCAAAACAUGACAUUUAAUAAUUCAUCAGCUAAUGAGUUGGAUAAUUCUAGGAAUGCUGAAGGUCAGCUGGGAGAUGCUGCAGCUAAAAGGUUUAUUGGAUCUCUGAAUGUAUCUGACUCCUUGAAAGGGCAUGAAAUGUCCAAUAUCUCUUCUGGAUGCUCUGCCCCUGCUGUUACACAGGCAUCAUUUGAGGUUAACAAUGUGGAUUCCAGCACUGUUUAUGCUGGGGAAACUGAAAAUGCCAACAAUCUCAUAGUUGAUGAGGGAUCGACUAUUGAUAAAUGUUGUUCAUCGGAUGAUGCGCAAGAGAGUGAAAGAAGUGCUGAUUCUCUUAGUGCUUCUUUUAAGUCUAACAUGAAAAAAAGAGAAGUUCUAGAUGGGCAAGCAUCCCGUAGUCUGCUUGAUGAGCUUAAGCUCAUUAAUUCCUUAACCUGGAAGAAAGGUAGAAAUCAGAUUCCCAUUGGUCUUACUACUUGUGGGAAGUCUGAUCAUCUAAAAGAGGUUGGGAUAGGCUUGAAAGCUGGGAAGAGAAAGAAAUUCAUGAAACUAAAAAUGAUAGAUGCAGUUCUUCCAUCAGACCAUGAAAGACGAGCGUCUGUUUCUUGCUCUCUUAGAGCAGGAUUAUUUUCAUCUACCAAAGAGCUUUCUCAUAAAAGGGCUCUACAUAGACUUUAUAAUGAUAGCGAAGAAGAUACUUACCAGCCUAAAGUAGAUGGUUAUGCAGAGUCUAGUAACAUCCUUGAAGUUUCAGUCAGGAAAAAAUUAAAAAGGGCUUGGGCUUCUGAAUCUGUUAAGGAGCAUGAGACAGAUGAACCAAUUCAUAAAGUUGCUGAAAAAACCUCUAAUUUUGAUUCAGGAUGUUGUGAGAAGGUCUUUUUAAGUCAUGAUAUGGCGUUUGGUCAUAGGAAGGCUAAGCCUGUUGUUUGUGGCAAAUAUGGUGAAAUAUGUGGAGAAUUGGGUGGAGAUGAACUGAAGCCAGCAAAAAUUAUUCCUCUUAGCAGGAUUCUUAAAAUUGCAAAACGUAUUGAUCAAAAGAGUUACAAAGCUAAGUUAAUGAAGAGGAGAACACCUGGAAAUACUGAAUGCUUUGAUUUAUCUUCUGAUUUGAAGAAAGAGGAAAAAUGUGGCAGUAAUCAUUCUUCAGUUUUUCAUGGAGUGAAUCAAUUGGUUGUGGACGAAGCCAUGAAGGCUUGUGUAGGUGUAAGUAAGCAAUCUGAUGUCAAGUCAUCCAUGUGGGAGAAAGAGAGAGUUGAUAAAAGUGAGAAAAACAAAACUGCUUAUGCCCAGUCAAGCCAUAAUUACAAAGAAAUUCGAAGGCGCAGCCUUUAUGAGCUAACGGUUAAAGGAAAGAAGUCCCAUUCUCCCCUUAUCAAGAUUCCACAGUGCAUGCCAAGAGUGAAAGUAAGGAACAGUCUGAAGAAAGCUGAGGAUAGCAAAUGUGGAUCAUGUGAAAUUAAUGCUGAAAAAAAUAUUGGGGAGCCUGGAUUCUGCUCUGAUGCUAAUUCAGAUGUAUUGUGCUGUGUCUGUGGAAGCUCAAAUAAAGAUGAAAUUAAUCACUUAUUGGAGUGUAGUCAGUGUUCAAUCUUGGUACAUCAAGCUUGCUAUGGUGUAUCAAAGGUUCCACAAGGCAACUGGUAUUGCAGACCAUGCAGGGCUGGUGCUAAGAAUUUGGCCUGCGUUCUUUGUGGUUAUGGGGGUGGUGCAAUGACUCAGGCUCUGCGGAGUCGCACAAUUGUGAAAACCCUUUUGAAAGUGUGGAACAUUGAAGCAGAAUGCAGGACAAAGAACACACCUUCUGUUAAAACUAUGCUGGAUCAUGAAAGUUUGCCACAUUUGUCAAGUGCUGUACUUGAUGAUUCGUAUUGUAUCUCUAGACAUGGAAACAUUGAAUCAUCAGGUUCUGCAGUGUGGAAAAUGGAUUUGCAGAACAAAUUGGAUGCUGUUCAUAAUUCCUCAUGCUGUGUUAGCAAGUUAAAGGUGCAUAACAGCAUUACAGCAGGAGUACUUGACUCUAAUGUUAAACAGUGGGUUCAUAUGGUCUGUGGACUUUGGACACCCGGAACACGAUGUCCAAAUGUUGAUACGAUGAGUGCUUUUGAUGUGUCAGAUGUCUCAUGUCCUAGAGAGAAUGAGGUUUGCUCUCUAUGUAAUCGACCUGGUGGAACAUGUAUACAGUGCAGAGUUAAGAGUUGUUCAGUUAAGUUUCAUCCUUGGUGUGCCCACCAGAAGGGUUUGUUGCAAAGUGAGGUUGAAGGUGUUGAUAAUGAAAAUGUUGGCUUCUAUGGAAGAUGCAUAUCUCAUGCUACAUGCCAUACAUGUGAAUCUGGUGGUGAUCAGUCUGAUGCUGAAACAAUUUGUCCAGUAGAAAGGGAAUUAACAUGUGCACGGACAGGGGGCUUCAAGGGUCGCAAACAAGAUGGCUUUUUGCAUAGUAUCCAUGAUCAAUUAAAAAGGAAGAGUAGGUGCUUUGUUCCUCAAGAGCAGUUAAAUGCUUGGGUUCACAUUAAUGGGCAGAAGUCCUGCAUACAAGGGCUUCCAAAGCGAACAACAUCAGAUAUUGAAUAUGAUUGCCGGAAAGAAUAUGCUCGCUACAAACAAUCAAAAGGUUUGAAGCAUCUAGUAGUUUACAAGUCUGGCAUACAUGCACUCGGUCUUUACACAUCUCGGUUCAUUUCCCGUGGUGAAAUGGUGGUUGAGUAUGUUGGUGAGAUCGUGGGGAUACGUGUGGCUGACAAGAGAGAAAGCGAGUAUAUGUCUGGAAGAAAAGUCCAGUACAAAAGUGCAUGCUACUUCUUCAGGAUAGAUAAAGAGCACAUCAUUGAUGCAACCCGCAAAGGGGGAAUUGCCCGUUUUGUCAAUCAUUCAUGCCUGGUAAUUAUGGUUCUUCGUCUCCAUGAUUUCUAGUUAAUUGUUUUAUGUGAAUUCUGGCCUUAAGUCGAGUUAGGAUUGCAAUGAAACAAAAAGGUUGGACACCAGAAGUUGGGGAUUUCUUGAAGGACAGGAAUGGUUGAAUACCAAAUAUAUGGUUUCAAGAUUCACCGUCAUUUCUUUUAAACAAUUGCUUCUGUAUCUUUACUCAGUUUCCUUACUUUUGAACGCAAUUCUUUGAGCAGCCAAACUGCGUUGCGAAAGUGAUUUCUGUAAGGAAUGAAAAGAAGGUAAAAGAAUUUUCACUUUUCCCUUUUUUCUUUACGAUUUGCAAAUGAUAAUUUAUUUUGAUACGUUCUGUGACUAAAAAUUCAUCCGAUAUUUUAUACAUGAAAGCAAGGUAGGUUUUUCAUGUAUAAUUUGUUUUUGGAAGUUGGAUACAGGGUGCAGCUUUAAUAUUUCUACCUAGUUAAGCAGCCAUUAUAGAUUACUAAUUGCUGAUUUUCAUUUCCAUUAAAAAUUGUAAUCAUAGCUUCCAGUGGCAAAAUUUCACGGCUUUGUCUUAGUUAUGCAUUUUCCCCUUUCAGGUUGUCUUUUUCGCAGAGCGAGACAUAUACCCAGGAGAAGAGAUAACAUAUGACUACCAUUUUAACCAUGAGGAUGAAGGUAAGAAAAUUCCUUGCUUUUGCAAUGCAAAAAACUGUAGGCGUUACCUAAACUAACGAUCAUUCAUUCAACCCCAUUUGUACAUUAGCUAUUUGAUCCAUGUGUCAAAAAUUUGGGCUCUCUUUGAGUGAACAAAAUACUCUACCAUUGCCCUGCAAUUUUGUCAACUUGUAAAUAUACAGGGCUGUAGUCUGUAUGUCACUAUAAUUUGGUUCUUGUAAGACAUAAUGUACCUUUCCCCUAAGCUGGGGAUCCAAGAUCGAGUCAUCAAGGUAUUUAGAUGAACUGAAUUUUAAUCAGAUGUUUUAUU